UGCCAAUAUAAAAACGCCAAAAUUGUGCAAAACGUUAACAUCCUGUCACAACUUGCUUCUAAUUUUUACUGGGAAAAAGGGGCAACAAAUUAUAGAUGAGUAUUUAAAUCCUGCGUUUAAAGUGGGGAAUCAUAGGGGAUGACACAAAUUAAUCGUCUUAGUUUAACUUUGGGGAUUAACACGUAUUUCUAAUAGGGGUUGACCAAAUCAACAGCAGCAAUGAAUCGGUUCAGUACGUUUUUGGGUAUCUCGGAUAUGCCAUAUCCAACUCCACAUCAUGCCACAUCAAGUUCUUUAAAGGGAUCUAGCAAAAUAUUAGUGCCAGAAUCCUAUUCAAGCAUGGGGCAACUUUUUGGAUCCCUAUACGAACAAGGAGAAUCAUCCGUCCAACGAUUUCAGUCCAAACAAAUUGAUAUGACCAAUGUGCAGAAAAGUUUUCCGAAUCCUGAAAUUACCACGGAAAGCAUUAAAGUUGACUUAUCUUCAAUAAAAAAUGCCCCUAAAAGAAGUAGUUUUAUACCAGUGAGUUUCGAGGAAUCAAUCGCGGAUACAAGAAUGUCAAGAAAGAAGAUUUUCACAUAUGGGGGAGCAACUGUCCAAAAUAUAAAAAGCGAACCCACCGUAAAAACAUAUUGUACCGGCAGCAAGUAUAUUGGAGAGUAUAAUCAACUCGGUUUUUGUGGUAAAGGAAUAUAUCGGUUUCCACAUGGAGUUAUCUACGAUGGACACUUUAACCGCAGGGGAGAUUUUCACGGCACCGGCAUUCUUAUUUAUCCAAAUGGGCAAAGAAUAGAAGGAAUUUGGAGACACGGUAAAAUGGUCAAAGGAGGAACCUAUUUUGUGUCAAAAGAUGAAGGCACUCUGGACAACCAAUACUGUAAGAUGCCUGACCGCAGAUUCCAAAUUGAACUUAAAACUGACAUCCAGCCAGCUGGACAAGAAUACCUAACCAAUGACUUAGUUCCAAGAAAGAUUCCACCAAAUAUGUACGAUACAGGAAAUGGUUUUUAUGAUCCUACAACUAAGCUUAUAACUAGUUAUGGCGAUGUCGAGAUGCAGGAAUCCCUUUCCGAAAUUACUAAGCCUCAUGAUAACGAUACUCUAUAUAAUGUGCUGUUGACAAGAACAGUCAGUCAGGACGAGUUGUUAAGGAGUUUGAAGACCCCCAACAGAAUAAUAAAUAAGGAUGUAAUCGGCUCCAUGGCCACCGAUGAAAAAGAAGACUGGAUUAUUAGCAAAUGCCGUAAAGGAUGGGAUGAACCAACUGGAUAUCGACCAGAUUUUUAUGAAGUGUGGACCGCAGGUUACAAGCGUGAUAGCUUUGCCAAUACUGUCCUGCUAAAUCGACUUAUGGCCAACGAAUCAGUAGAAGACCUUGUAAUUUCUAGACUUUCAAAACAUGUCGCAGCAGUAAAAGCAUCUCACAUGGUAUCGCGAGAUGAUUCGAACCCGUUAAGCUUAUACAGUUUUAUACAAAAACCAGCUUAUGAGCAGCUUUCAAAGGUCAUUGAGAGACCUAGCCUCGCCGGUUCUAGCAUGCUACAUACAUGGAGCACUAUUUUUAUGCCUUUGGGAAAUACCGCGAUCAAUCCAGAACCAGAAAAAAAGCCAGUCUUUCGUCAUCAAAAAUCUAAAAAAAGAUCAACAAGAUUUAACUAUUCUGCUAUCUCUAAAGGAACAAAACCAGUACAAAUAAUAGAGCCUAGAGCCAGCCUGAGAUUAACCAAAAAAUCAAUUAAACAUCUGCUAGUUAAAAAAGUAAGAGAAAUUCAUAAAGAGGCUUUUUCAGCGAAUUAGAGUAUAAAGAGUUUUUUGAUAUAUGUAGGUUUAAAAAAAUAAAUUAUAGUUAAGUC